AUGGGGUGGGGUGGUGGCUUAUAUGGAUGUUGGGGUUUUGAACUUUGGGGGUGGAGGGGGUGUUGGGGGGGGGGCGGGGGUGGGAUUGGUGGAGGAUUGCCGGGUAUUGGUGGUGGUGCUGGCGGAGGCGCCGGCGGCGGCAUUGGUAAAGGCGGUGGUGGAGGAGUUGGAGGUGGUGCUGGUGGAGGCGGAGGAAUUGGGGGUGGUGCGGGAGGAGGUGUGGGAGGUGGCGCUGGUGGCGGCCUUGGUAAAGGUGGUGGUAUAGGAGGCGGUGCUGGCGGCGGAGCCGGUGGAGGAGGAGGCAUUGGUGGUGGCGGAGGGAUUGGCGGUGGUGCUGGUGGCGGUGUUGGGAAAGGGGGCGGUGCUGGUGGGGGGAUUGGCGGUGGCGCGGGUGGAGGUGCCGGUGGUGGUGGGGGCGUUGGCGGUGGUGCUGGAGGUGGCGUAGGUGGCGGUGCUGGGGGUGGCGUAGGUGGUGGUGCUGGAGGAGGUGGAGUAGGUGGCGGUGCUGGAGGAGGUGCCGGUGGUGGUGGAGGGAUUGGUGGGGGUGCUGGUGGGGGCAUAGGGGGUGGUGCCGGCGGGGGUGCAGGUAAAGGGGGUGGCGUAGGGGGCGGUGCAGGCGGGGGUGCUGGUGGAGGGGGAGGCAUUGGUGGCGGUGCUGGAGGCGGUUUUGGUAAAGGUGGUGGCGUAGGGGGCGGAGCCGGCGGGGGUGCUGGUGGAGGUGGUGGAAUUGGUGGCGGUGCUGGCGGAGGUGGAUUUGGUAAGGGUGGGGGAAUGGGAGGUGGUGCCGGCGGAGGCGGAGGGUUAGGUGGUGGUGCGGGUGGCGGUGGAGGCCUGGGGGUCGGACAUGGCCCCGACGGCGACACCGGUAAAGGAGGCGGCGCAGGUGGUGGUUUCGGUGGCGGCUUUGGAAAAGGCGGCGGCGGCUUCGGAGGCGGUGCCGGCGGCGGAGCUGGUGGAGGCGGAGGCCUUGGAGGUGGCGGCUUUGGAGGCGGCGCCGGGGGUGGAGCCGGAGGUGGGAGCGGUGGCUUCGGCGGCGGGGCCGGCGGAGGUGGUGGCGGUGGUUUUGGAGGCGGCAAAGGCGGAGGGUUUGGAAAGGGCGGAGGAUUUGGCGGCGGUUUCGGCGGCGGGCAAGGCGGAGGGUUUGGCGGUGGCGGCGGCGCCGGCGGUGGCUUCGGCGGAGGAUUUGGCCGUGACAUAUUUGGGAAUAGCAUGCUAAUCCUUCUUAUGGCGCCAUCAUAUACUCAUCACUUCGAUACUCUAGAGCAACAUAUCGAAGAAGUAAUGGAAGGUCAGAGCACAAUGUUGCAAGGCCAAAUCCAAAUGAAAGCUAGGCUAGAAUCGAAGUUGGAUGUGAAGUUGGAAAGCCUAGGAGAGAUGCCGAAAAAUUAUUUCUUAAGCCUAAUAAAGGAACAACAGGCAGGACCUUCGACAAGGGGUAAGGAGCCUCUUAAUCCUUAUGUUUCACGCGUUGCUCUUGUUUCUACCCAACAACUAUACUGA